CAAGGGACCUCUAACCACCACUUAAUCAAAUGCAUUCUAUUAGGUUAAAAAUUCAACUUCAAUGAUUUUAUUAAACAUUUUAAUUUGAAAACAUUAUUUAAUGUGUUGACGUGAAAGAAUUAUAUUAGUACAUAUUUUAGCUUAGACUUGUAAGUAAUCUGAACUCAAAUUCCUUUUUUCAUUUAUUGAAAAACAAAAUUCAAGUUCAUCUAACCUAAUCUAACGUUAUGGCUACUUAAUUUCUCUGUUUCAUGAGUGGGCACGAAACUCCUCCCACUUAACAUGCUGUGAGAAGAUCGUAACGCCAUACUGCAAGUGAAACAAACAACUACGGUGAAACAAGUGGAAGUUUGGAGAAGGAAAGAGUGAACCUCUUACAUGAAGUGAUGAAGAGGGAUAAUUGCGUUGUGGUUGCAGAGAAAAUGGCCAAGACCUUCUCUCUUCGCAGGCAGGAAAUAAUUUAUCAGGCCCCUGCAAUUAAAGACAUCAUUGACCGAUGGCCUGCUUUAUUUGAUGCAACACAGAUAAAUGAAGAAUUCAAAAGAAUAACCACUGUAAGUCUUGAAUCUACAUUUAUGGCCAAACUUGAUGCUUGCACCUCCAAAUUAAUGGAUGUUGUCUCAUCGAGGGGAGGAACUUCAGGAUUGAGGAUAAGGCACAUUAAGAAUCAGCUUCUAGAGAACAAUACAAUUGAAGUACGGAGAGAGGUGGCCAUUCGUUGCCUGGUUGUCUACCUUGGAGAAAAGGAACAGGACCUCUUCAAGGAGUUUAAUAAUAUUGAAGAGUUUGAAGCAAACCUUGACAGGCAAGUAUUGAACAUUGCCAUCAUCAAAGACAAGAAUCCAAACACUGGAACCAUCCUGAUCGAGGGAGCCAAAAUCCUGGAUGGCAUUGAUGUCCCAAGGUGCUGUGCUUUGCUCAUGGGUUUAAUAUACGCUCUGAAUCUGAGCUAUCCCAAGGAUCUAAAAUGUACAUACGAAGUAUUUCAGAAACUGUUCCUUGAACUUGAUGGACUAAAAACCAGUGGGAAAGUAAUGAAUCUCAAGUACAGCAUUUUCUAAGAACACUUUUCUUUCA